UCGAGCACGAAACCCUGCCCACCGGAACUAGUGGUGCACUUGACUUGACGCAUGCUGUACAUUUCAUCUCAACAAUGGCAAUAGCACGCGUUGCUACCGAAUAUGUAUUUUCAGAUUUUUUAUUGAAAGAGCAGAGUGACUCUAAGUAUAAAGGCGUGCGCCUGGAACUGGCAACAGACAAACUGGCCACUUUUAUCGCGGUCGGGCUUCCUUUGUUACUCAUCUCACUCGCCUUUGCACAAGAAGUCUCUGUGGGUACUCAGAUCACAUGUUUUCCACCCACUAACUUCACAUUGAGACAGGCUGCAUAUGUGGACUCCUUCUGCUGGGCUGCAGUAGAGCAUCACCCUACAGAAAAUGGGGCUGAUAGCGCCCCCCUUCAUCUACACAAGUUCUUUCCUUAUAUCCUUCUGCUGGUUGCCACCCUCAUGUAUAUUCCUGCUCUCUUCUGGCGCUUUGCGGCUGCCCCUUCCCUAUCCUCUGACCUCAGUUUUAUCAUGGAGGAACUUGACCGUUGCUACAACCGUGCCAUCCGCCUCGCCAAGAGCCUCACUACCAAACAAGACAAAGACAUUGCAGAAGACCCACACAGUGGUCUUGAAAUGACUGAAGCUUGUUUUAAGUACCCUCUUGUAGAGCAGUACUUAAAGACAAAGCGUUCAUCUUGGGCUUUGGCUGCAAAAUAUCUGCUUUGUCGGGUUUUAACAUUCCUCACUUUACUGCUGGCCUGCUUUUAUCUGACCUACUACAUCUUUUGGGUGUCACCCAGCGAUCAGUUCUCCUGUAACCUGCGCAGAGGUAUGUUAGUAAAUGAGAGUGUGGUGCCAGAUGCAGUUCAGUGUAAGCUGGUGGCGGUGGGAGUUUUCCGCCUGCUAAGUUGCAUGAAUCUGGUGGUGUAUUUACUGUUAGUACCGGCUGUGGUUUACGCUGCCUUCCAGCCUGCUCGUCAGCACCAGCGCGCUCAGUUCCUCCGUCCAUACCACCUGCUGCCUGCUUUCGGUCACGUGCUGGAUUUGCAGCCUACCACUCGCCGGUAUGAUGACCUCAGCAUCUACCUGCUGUUCUUGGAGGAAAACUUGAGUGAGCUUAAGAGCUACAAAUGUUUGCAGGUGUUGGAGCUGCUGUCAGAGGGAGGGGAAGCAGCAUUUGACACCAUGUGUCUCCUCAGGACUCUAGGACAAGUGAGGACUGACAUGGUGGACAGAAAACAAGCCCAAACUGUAAAUGGAAAUGCAGAGAAAGAAAUCUCUGAAGUGAAGGAUGCCUCUUCUGUUCUGCUGGAUGAUGGAGGACAGACAGAAAAAAGCUGCAGCUGUGUGAAAGAUGUAAGACACAGGGUGGUCUAACAUAAAACAAAGUCAAAUCAAAUGACAAACGAUGAGUUUACAUGUAUUUUCAAUAUGAAGGAAAUGUAAGAUUAUAUAAUGCUCGACUAUAACACUGGUUAUUUACUAAUUUACUAACUGCGGAACUGAGCUACAUGAGCUUUUUAUGCCUUAUAUUAAUAGAAAUGGGAUGAAUGUUUUUAUAACUUGAAGUUAUUAUUUGCGAGGUUGAUGAAUGUUAAGACCCUAUUGUAUGCAUUAUGAAAACAAUGUUACAACAUAUAUACUGGGCUGCCCUUUGUAGGUACAGUAUUGUUGCAACAAUGAGAGAAAAAGAAACUAAAUAAUUAAGAUGCUAAUGUUAGAAUACUAACAACUAACUUCUGCCAAUGUUGCUUCUUGGUAACAAACCAUUUAAAUAAUUCCUUUUAACAUACAAAUAAUGGCUGCAAGAGUAUAAUGUGACCCAAAAAUCAUCAAAGUCUUCGCUGGGUAAGACUUAACUUUAAUUAGGCCCCAUUUCUAGAGGUAAUAAUGCACUGCCUAUGCAAAAAGCAAUAAUCAAAUAUACAAAAUAUAAUGUAUGAUAUGUAUAAUACUAUGUAUAUGUAUAAUACUGUUUUUAAGUUGAAUAUUUUAUAGUUUUGUAUUUAUUUGAUGCAGACUUAUGUCAGAGAUGUGUUUAAAUUGUAUCUUUUUGUUAUAUGUCUUCUUACCUUAAAUCCUUCAGAGAUGUUAAAUUGCAUGUCUUCAAAUGCGAGCUCUUCAAAAAUGGUGCCUGUAACCCUAAAAAGUGACUUUUAAUAGACUUCAUUCAGGGAUGUAGAAUACAGGCUUGUAAUGUAAUAAAAAGCACUCCAUUUCCCCCAUACAUCUGUAUUUUUCUCUGUUAUCAUGGAUUUAUAUACCUUUGGCACAUUCAGUACGUACAUAAAGCUAAAAAUAGCUGAAAGUCAUGAAGUUCAGCACUAAUGUUGGGCUAUAUUUCAGUAAACCAGCUUCACAUUUUCAUUUACUGCUAAAUAUCAAAUAUUGUUUUAUGGCUAAGCUCCUGAAAAUCAAUAAUGAGGUGGCUUUGACA